AUGCCUCACAUCAACUUCCCAGACGUCGACGGCGACGACGGCGAUGACGACGAUCACGACGACGACGACGACGACGGGGGUAGCGGUCGGCCUGAAGACGAGCCUCUCGCCCUCCCAUCCGACUUCUCGGCAGCUGAGCGCAACACGCUCGGCCUGGAGGCGCAGGCGGUCUUCGAACGCCGUGUUCGACAUGGCCGUGCGUACGACCUUCUCGCUGCAGUCAAAGAGUCUAUCAAUCACCAGGGCGCAUUCCUCGAGGACAAACAAAAGCACGCGCGUGGUCAGAAAGACAACACUCGCUCUCAAAAGCAGGUGUCCAACGCGACCGCACGCACGCGCAUGCUGGCCGGGCUCUACAAUUACAACCGCGACCGCCUCAUUGCAUUGAGCGAUGGCAUUGCGGAGGACGUCCUACAGGCGAUCAACAUGGAAACGGACCUCAAGAGUAAGAAUUGGCGCAAGCCGCGACAGCAAGGGGACAGCCGCGAAGAACGGGCAUGGAUCUGGACGCAUGGGAACUCGAAGGCGAGUGGUUCGUCUAUCCCAAUUGCUAGUACUAACAACUCGCUAGUCGACCGGGUACAAUGGUUCCGCGCUCGGGCGGAGGUGAAGCGAGUGAACGAGGAAAUCAACAAGCUUCAUGCCGAGUUCAAGAGGACGAUCCUCGGUUUCAAGAACAUGUCUAGAGCUUGGGAACAGGUCUCGGCGAAGGCAGGGUUGUCCGAUGGGGCGAGAGCGUAUGCGCUGAGGAAAGUGAAUAUGUUCAACAAGCUAAGCGUCCAAUGCGCGGACGUUUUCGGGACUACACGAAAGGAUGCCGCAGAGAAGUGGGACUACUCGAUUGUAAGUUCCAAUUAA